AUACGUAUUGUUAGACGAGAACGUGCACGUACGAGGAGCACGUGAACGCGACAUUUUGCACUGCUAAUUGGUAUCCAGGGCGCGGAGAGUAGGUGCACAGAAGGACAGCCGAGUGCGCGAUCGCUUCACGUCGCUGAGCCAAACGGAGAAAACAUCCACCAGCUGAACGCAAGUGUUACAUCAUGGAGCAGAAACAAAUCAUCAACUUUGGAGCUGGACCUGCAAAACUCCCACAGUCCGUGCUGCUUCAAGCACAGAAGGAGCUUCUCAACUACAGUGGCACUGGUAUCAGUGUUCUUGAGAUGAGUCACCGAUCAUCCGACUUCAGCAAAAUCCUCAACAAAACAGAGAAUCUGCUGCGAGAGUUGUUAAAUAUCCCAGACAACUACAAGGUGUUGUUUCUGCAGGGCGGUGGGUCUGGACAGUUCAGCUCUGUUCCUCUGAACCUCAUUGGCCUGCAGAAGGACAGGUGUGCCGAUUACCUGGUGACCGGCACCUGGUCAGCGAAAGCAGCCAAAGAAGCAGAGAAAUAUGGCCAAAUCAACAUUGUCCACCCAAAGCUGGAUAGUUACAUGAAAAUCCCCGACCCCAGCACCUGGACCCUGAACUCCUCAGCCUCCUAUGUUUACUACUGCUGCAACGAGACGGUACAUGGCGUGGAAUUCAACUUCACACCUGAAACAAAUGGGGUGGUCCUUGUCUGCGACAUGUCCUCCAACUUCCUGUCAAGACCUGUGGAUGUAUCGAAGUUUGGACUGAUUUUCGCCGGGGCUCAGAAGAAUGUGGGCUGUGCUGGGGUAACUGUGGUCAUCGUGAGAGAGGACUUGUUAGGCCACGCUCUGAAGGAGUGUCCGAUUGUCCUGGACUACAAGGUGCAGGCUGAGAUGAACUCCCUAUACCACACACCGCCGUGUUUCAGCAUCUACAUCAUGGCUCUGGUGCUGGACUGGAUUAAGAACAACGGUGGCAGCGCUGCCAUGGAAAGGCUCAAUAAGCAGAAGUCCUCCAUGAUUUAUGACAUCAUCAAUGCUUCUAAUGGUUUCUAUGUGUGUCCUGUCGACGUGACUUGUCAAAGCCGUAUGAAUAUACCAUUUCGUGUAGGAAAGAAAGAAGGAGAUGAUGCCUUGGAAAAGGCGUUUCUGGAUGGCGCAUCCAAACGUGGAAUGAUAUCACUGAAAGGACACAGGUCAGUCGGAGGAAUUCGUGCGUCCCUCUACAACGCCGUGACAGUGGAGGACACUGAAGCCCUGGCUGCCUAUAUGAGAGAAUUUCUCAAAGAGUACCAGUGAAAUAGACCGUUCUAACUCUCACCUGGUGUCACACAGUGACAUUUCAUUGCUGCAGUACAGUUUAAAACCAACACUAAUUUACAUGUAGUUGAGGUCCAUGCUGGAUCUGAAAGGUGCACGUUUAGACACCUGAUAAGCUUUAACCACCCCUGUUGUCAGUAUGUUUUAAUUAAACCAAUGUUUUCUAAAAUUAAUAUUUUAAUACAUUUGUUGACUAACAGGACUUUGAUGUACAUACUGUAGGAUUUUUUCUCUGUUACUUGUUCAAAAUAUAUUUACAUUCCAGUAAAUCUAACUUAAUACGUACUCUACACUGUCAGUGUAAUUUCUUGUCUUGAGUGCUGCUUUACAAUGAGUUUCGUGUUUUAAAACCAUGAUCAACCAGUGCAAAACAACCCGAUUGUGCUACAGAAGUAUAUGAUGCU